AUGCCAACCCAACUAAAGCAUUCAAUUCAGACUGACGAACACCCAGUGGAAGCAAUCUGGAACCCUGACAAAAUAACAUUCGAACCAUUCGACCACCCUGUUAUCGAGGGGGACGAACUUCAAUUGGUCCCACGAUACCUUGCGCCAUCCCGCAGCUGUUCUGCCCUUAUAAGCGAGCGACAUCAACAUAUCCAUUUUUCAACGGCGGCGUCCUGGCUUCAUUGGAAUCCCGAGACUGGCAGCUUUUCAGGUAUCGUGCCGUUCGUUUCUGAUGUUACAGAGCGUAACCUGCACCCAAACGCCGACCCAUUUGAAUUUGCGGAAGACAGGGGUCCUACCUGCUACAUACUUCAUUUUACAGUCAAAGCCACCCUCACUCAAUGUUUUACCGCCCAAGCGCGUUUCAAGCAGACAAUCAGAGUUAGAGUUGCAAUCAAUGUUUCUAAAAGGGCUCAUAUCAUGGAGUUGGAUAACUCAGCGUCUUCUAGCCUCAAUGAAGUUCCAAGUCGUGGGCUAUCGGAUUUUUCAGAUUCCAGUGAAGCGGACGGGGAGCAAUCGACUCAGUAUGGAAGAGUUCCGGACUUUCCUGCUACAAAACCGGAGGAUGGGAAGACUUCACCGGGGAAUUGCGACGGCUCUUCCACAGAACCGAGCGACAAGAUGAGCCACGUUGCUCAAUCAAAGCCGGCCCUGCAGCCGGCAAGGCCUUCAGAAAUUUUGAGACCUACGGGGGAUUGUGUCUGCCGCUCUCCACCGGUGGUUAAGGACAGCUGCUCGUUGUUUAGCGGUAUAUAUUGUUCGGAAACUAAUGUUGAAGGGAGAAAUGAAACAUUCAUGUCCACUUACGAGUGGCCUUCAGCGCCCCUAUCUCACUCGUUCUAUACUGGCUUUCCUUUUACAGAGUUCCUCCCGUGGGGGAUUGCGGCUAGUGGCCUGAAUUCGAAACAGAAUAAUUCCUCGAAGAUAGACUCAACAUUCUUGGACAAAGUUAAGCAAGUGCGGAACGAUGACCAUUCUUUACCAGAGCCCGUGGUCACUGAACAAGUGCAAAAGCAACUCUAUACUCCCGUUUUAUUUGAGGGAGGACGUAAUCGGGCGGACAGUGGUGUGAGCUUUGUCCCGGAUGCUGGGUGGAGCCCAUAUUCUUAUGUCGAGGGCGACUCUCCGCUUGAGUUAGACAGCGUUGAUGGCUCUAAUAGUCCCGUUUACAGGAGAAAACGGGACGAGCUUUCGCGAGCGGGAGAUUAUGCCAUAAUAUCACAUGGUCUUUUGACGCCGCCGAUAUCAGAACAGGGCAUUCGGCGUAAGGAGAGUAAAGAACCAUGGGAGGGAUAUCCUUGGCUAAUCGGCCGUGAAGAACGAGCUUCAUUUGUACAGAUGCUGAGAAACAAGUCCAAACAGGAGCUCGAGUCUUUUAAUGCGGAUGAUGAAAGCUUUUUUGUUUCAUGCUUCGCCGAUUCAUUGGAUAGCGGGAGCAUUUUUGAGGAUGAUGACGACUAUGGGUCAGACUAUACCAUCGAGGAGCACGGGCAUCCAAGACCGGAAUGCUGCCAUUCUAGUGCAUGA